AUGGGAGACUUCUCUAUACACGAUUUUGCUGUAUUGGUACUGGUCUAUAGUGGAGAAAUGGGAGACUGUUCUGUACACGAUUUUGCUGUAUUGGUACUGGUCUAUAGUGGAGAAAUGGGAGCUCUCUGUACACGAUUUUGCUGUAUUGGUACAAAUUAUCAACUUUUGCAGGCUUUCCUUGAGAUUUGCUAUGGAACCUGUGACAAGAAGACAUUCACAUACUUUGCGUUCAUCCCUUGGAUAAGAUCGGUUAUUGUAUUACAGGUUAAAGUACUCCUCUUUAUUAGGAUGAAGCUAAAGUUGUGUCAUUUCAAAUGGGUACACAAUCUUGCGAAUUGGAUGAAAAUUUGUUUCACUGAAUCGUCAUCUUUUACAGGGGUUUGCUGUUUUUUAAGGAGGGUUACGAAGCAAAAUUUGGCACCCACCAGAAGGGAGAUAUUAAGAGAUGAGAAACUUCCAGAUAAGUCACCAUUAGUGAUAUCUUCGUCCAUUAAUGAAAUAGAGGAAUUGGUGUCCGAUGAAUGCGAGGAUUUAGCAGAAGAUAAAUGCGACAUGAUCUCGUAUUCCAUUUCCAAAAAUAUUGGAUUCCCGAUGGUGAAGGCUUGA